UUCAGUGUGGUCGCUGCAAAGAACACAGGCGGGUACAAGCCUGCACGUCAGUGGCUUUUGACCGAAGCUCGGACACCUUUCCUCAGCCACGGGAUGUCAGUGGGGUAAUUUCUCCGCCAUCCUACGCCACGCGUUGUGUCAUCCCCCCGAGACCAUGGACGUGUCUCACCGUCUGAAGUGGAUCGGACGCCGGCCUUGGAGAGGCAGGAUUAACAGGAGACGCUACAACAAAAUCUCGGCCAGGUCUCCAGUCAUCAUGUCGGCAGGAUCCCCCUCAUCCCCUGGUGGCCCCAACGGUAUCAUUAGAAGCCAGUCCUUCGCUGGGUUCAGCACACAGCAGGAGAGAAGGUCCAGGAGUCACUCCUUCGUCGGAAAUAACGGAAUCCUCAAAAAACCGCAAGGAAAAUUGAAGAAAAUGAACAUUUCGGCGCACAAGAACAACAGCAUGCCAAAGGACGUACAUCCAAAGAGGAUGGAUGAAAUGUAUGAGGUGCUGAAGAGGGGAUUAAUGGAGUACCUGGAAGUGAACCAGGCAGAGUUGGACAAGCUGACCAUUCAGCUGCACGACCUGAGAGGCACCUCCAGAUUGGGUAUUAUGUAUGAACUCGAUAAGCAAAUCAAAGCUAUAGAAAGAUACAAGAGGAGGCUGGAGUUCCACAUCAGCAAGGUGGAUGAGUUGUACGAGACAUUUUGCAUGAUGAAAAGGCUACGGGACGGAGCCUCCAAGAUGAAACAGGCCUUUGAAAUGUCGCCUUCCACGAAAAGUACCAGAGAAAGCCUGGUAGAAAUAAUCAAGACUUACAAAGAAACCACAGAGGCGCUGUGUUCACUGGAGGUAGAAAUUGGAAAACUGCUUGGAGAAUUUCACAUUAAGAUGAAAGGUUUAGCUGGCUUUGCACGCCUUUGCCCAGGGGAUCAAUAUGAGAUAUUUAUGCGUUACGGCCGCCAACAGUGGAAACUAAAAGGGAGGAUUGAAGUGAAUGAUCGACAAAGCUGGGAUGGAGAAGAAAUAAUUUUCUUUCCCCUCAUUAAUGAUUUAUUCUCUAUUAAGGUAUCAGAGUUGAAGGGAUUGGCAACACAUCUCCUGGUUGGCAGUGUCACCUGUGAAACAAAAGACCUGUUCACCACCCAGCCUCAAAUGGUGGCCGUGGACAUCAAUGACCUUGGAACUGUGAAGCUAAACCUGGAGGUCAUCUGGUAUCCAUUCGAUAAAGAGGACCUGACGCCGUCCACUGGCAAUCUGCACAAAGCCUCCAAUGUACAGCGCCGUAGUUCCAUAAGCAGCCAGGGUACACCGGAAACUCCCACCUUUGAAGCCUUCUCCUUCUGGAAAUGCUUGAUGCCGUCAGCAAACAGGCUGCGGCUGUCAUUUAUAGACGCGCUGCGGGACACCUUCUGUGACAAACUGCAACGGAGUCGUUCAUUCAGUGACCUGCCGUCACUUAGGCUGUGGCCUAGCGAAAGGCUGGAACUAUACCCUUCGCAGCUUGAGGAAGAUAUCUUUAACGACGGAUGCUCGCUUGGCAAAUCAUCCACCUCUCUCAGCCAGCGGUGUCUUGUAGACGGCAGCUGUCUCCCACAGCCCAGUAAGGCGUCCAGCGAUCGCGUCUACUCCCGCCCUGAAAUCACGUUGACUCCACCCGAGUUUCGAGAGGAGGAGGAAGAGGAGGAGGAGGUAUCUCAGCCUCCGCAAACUCAAACGGUCGGCGCGAAGACGGUCGAGGGAAUGGGCGAUCCAGUGGCGCUGGUAUUGGACACGGUUCAGGAGGAGUGCACAGACACUGGAGAGUUGUCGACGUGCGGCCACCCGCCGGUCGGCCUGGAAGUGGACAUGUUGCUGGAGACCAACGUCCCAGUGGGGAUCCUUCAGGACCCAGAGGAAGUGUCCGACCUGAGACCAGUGGAGCUGGACCCUGACGAGGGGAAUCUGACCAAGCAGCUGGUGAAGAGGUUGAAGUCAACGGAAGGCGGGCUGGCAUCGUCCGACGGCCAAGACUCCGGGCGCUUCGUCCACGGCGAUUACGCGGGAACUCGGCCCGCCACGACGAUGAGUCUGGAGGAAGCUCUACAAAGUCUUCUUCUAUCGCUGGAACCGCACAAGGAGCACUACAAGGAACUUCACGACUUGGAUCAGGAAGUCAUGCGACUCGAGGACUUGCUGAAGCCGGCAGACUCGGAGUUUGGUUCCAUGAUCUGCUCUGAUGUAUUCUGCUUUCAGCGCAAAGCGAGUGUGAGCAGAAGCCAGGCGGCCAGCGUCAGCCUGACCGUAGAGAGCGUGCUGGAGAGCUUCGAUUUCCUCAACAUUUCAGACCUGGAGGACGACGGGGAAAUUGACGGAGGCUCCGAAUGCUCGGACCUGGAGGCCAGGAAGGCCGCUGUUUCAGCACAUCAGGAUGCCAGAGGUCACGUGAGUGAGACAUGGACAGAAGACACAGGAGUUGGCUCUAGUGUUGCUGGAAGUCCACUACCACUGACCACGGGCAAUGAAUCCCAGGACCUGGCCAUCAUUAAGCACUUGCAGCUGUCCGAGCACCUGCUUCAGCAACUUCUGGUAUUUGAAGAAUAUCCAGUCCUUCGAGAUAAUCUCCUGGAUAAGAUCUCCCAACAGAUCAAUGUGCUGGAAAAAGUGGUGGAGAUGAACACGGAGAAAUUGAGGAGCAACGAUCCUAUUUUAGAGGUUCCCGCGCUGCUACAGAAACACCAGGCGUUGCAGUCCAGCUGGUUAGGGAGCUCCACCACCGGGAGUGCAUUUUAUGUGCCCGCGCACAGACUGGCGGAGCAACUCAGCAGCCAUUUUGGCCAAAGUGUGGACGAGACAAGUCCAAGUCAUCGCGAGACAGUCUUUCAAAUAGCCAUGAAUCAGAUGUUGGAUAAACCAGAGCUGUUCCCCAGUCCCACUGUAGACGAGGUGAUAACUAUCUGGCAAUUCUCCAACUUCUUGACCUGCCUCGACACAUCAGACCUGGGAAGUCACCUCGCACGGCUGGCAAAUGAAGUGUUAUUGGAGCAGUCGCUUCGGUCCAUGCGUCCGGAAGAGAAAUUGGAAAUGUUGGAAGCGCAGCCAGCCCAGAGUCUCCAUCCCCUGGAGGAGACGUUGAAGAUGAUAGCUUUCCUUCUGCUGGAAGCCAGCAGUGAGCUGGUGCAAGCCACCUCCUCCUACCUGACCACAGCUUCAAUGGACAACACCUUCAGAGAAAAAGCAUUGCUGUAUUACACCAAGGCAGUCCUCGAACCCAAUGUCAAGCUCCAGAGAGCAGCUUGUGCAGCCCUGAAAUGCAUCAACGCUUAUGAAAGUAUCGACGUUCUGGUGGGUCUGUGCCGGUCGGAAAAAGAUGUCCUACGACAAGCAGCCACUGAAUCACUCCUCUCUCUUGGUGAAGACGGGCGCUUGGCCUACGAGCAGCUGGACAAAGACCCUCAGGAAAUCGUGCAGCUGGCGGGACGGCGGGGAAAUGCGGUCAGCACCGCCUUCUGACAGCGAAGCCCCUGCCACGCACCGCGGAAUUACGGACUACGGUGGGCAGCUCCGCUAACUGCCCCAUGCUGAAGGCUGUGGCACGGUGGCACAUGGACAAGAUCCAAGAAAGCACACCCUUGUGACCACAAGAUGGCAGCCGACCCACGCGGCCGUUUGGUUCAAUGGUUAUUUAUUGUCUCAUCAUGUCACAUCAGUGGUAGGAGCAGAAUUAGGCCAUUCGGCCCAUCGAGUAUACCCCGCCACUCAAUCAUGGUUGAUCUAUCUCUCAUUCCCCUGCGUGCUCCCCACAACUCCU